GAAGUCGCACGCACACCGGCCGACAGGAAGAUGACGGUGGGUAUGAUCAACGCGAACCCGGUGGUGCACGAGCGGCCGGAGCGCGCCGCCCACCACGCGCACGCCGCGGCGGCGGCUCUCGAUGCGCUCGAUGUCUUCGAUACGGUGCGGGACAUCAAGGACCCGGAGCAUCCCUACUCGCUGGAGCAGCUCAGCGUGCUAUCCCAGGAGUCCGUCUCCGUCGACGAGAAGCUCGGCCACAUCCAGAUAACCUUCACCCCAACUGUGCAACACUGCAGUAUGGCUACUGUGAUUGGUCUGUGCCUCAGGCUUAAGCUGAUGCAAAACUUUCCUUCGCAUUUCAAGAUUGACAUUAAAGUUGCUCCAGGGUCUCUUGCUAACGAAGAAUCAGUAAACAAACAACUGAACGACAAGGAGAGAGUUGCUGCAGCCUUGGAGAAUCCCAACCUUCGCCAGUUGGUCGAUGAUUGCCUCUGCUCGGAUCAUUCAUCCUCAUAUUAACCUGUCACUGAUACCCCACAUCGAUAACCUGCCUGCUGUACAGCAAUAAUCAGGCAUUUUGUUUUACUCUAUAAUUUACCUAAUCAUGUAUGUCCCAUUACCUUUUGUUUGUCAGCUGUAUGUUAUCUCUGUAAUACCGCAAUGUUUCUUCAUGCCUGCUUGUCCACCAUUUCUUCAAAGUAACAGUAUGAUUUAGCAUCCAGUGAUGUCACAUUCCUGAACAAAAAGGAGGAAAUAAAAGAGAGUAUUUUGGUGUA